AUGACUAAAGCUGAGUUCGGUAUGCCAAUACUCUUGGCCGCUUUCACCAAAGUCACUUUCCUCCGACUCUGCCGACUCAAACUUCCAAAAGGUAGACCAAUUUCUGGAUACUUGAGCCAGAAUGAGGAAGUCAAAUUGGUUGAUACUGCAAUUGAGCUCAAAGUAAUCGCCGAUUUGCACCUUCUUAGACAAGAAAAAAUGUAA